AUGAGAAUACGGCCGUCACGGGCGCGGGCGCUGCUCGUCCUCUUGCCCGCAUUGCACGUCGUCGUCGCAUCCUCGAUUGGCAUCGACACACAUGACGCACCGGCUGCACACGCAGUAGCCCCAGCCUACACCAAACUUGCCUCCCUUCCCGAAUCCUCGCCUCUGUCCUCGACACCAGCCUCCAAGGGCACCAAAGAUGCUCCCGUCGAUGGCAUGGAUGGCAAGCCUCAUGCCGGGCCCUACGUCGACAAGAAGCCGACGCCGCAAGAGAAACAGUCGAAUGUGGUCGAGGACUUGGGCAAAAAGCCCACAGGCCAGUCGACAGGCUCCAUCCUGGUGGGCGCAGACGACGAGGUGCUGGAUGGCGACAAGAGCGUCAUGCAGGACCCUUCGAGAAAACUGGCGACUGGCAGCAAAGGCACCGAGGGCGGCGUGUCUGCCAAAGACAAGGAGCGUCUGGCCCAUGAGGAGAAGACGGGCGAGAAGAAGGAAAACGUGCCCGAGUCGCCAAAAGAGGCGCCGCCACAACCACACGAUCAGAAACAGCUCAUGAGCGCGACUACCGACACAGAGACGUCAAGUCGUGUCCUGGGUGCAGGCGGUCUCGAGGUACCCACAGAAACCAACCAAUCUCCCCGACACGCCUCAUGA